CUAGUUGGUGGCGGGUAACCUGACGCAGUGAGGGGGCGUUAGUCCAAACAGGAAGAGACAGAAAACACCUGAGUGAUGAAGUUAGCUCCUCGUCGCUCCUCCACCACAAACCACCGGGCGGCUUUUACAAACUUCUUCUCCCCGGUGUCGGAGGCCAGAGGCUCGGCUCCGCGGCGGCGCUGCCCGGGGUCUGACGCACCAGCAGCGGGAGAGGAGAGGAGAGGAGGGAGCAGCAGGCUAGGCUAGCUGGUUAGCAUGCUAGGCUAAUAACUUUAGCCCUUGCGAAGACUCAACUUGGAGAAACUUUGUUAAAAUCUCGCGAUACGUUGGCGUCUAAACCACCGAUCCACAGAUCAGCUGGAAUAUUCGGCUUUCUCACAUUUAGCGCUUUAUGAACGCCGCCCGGAGGUGUUAGCAUCUCAGCUAGUUAGCUCCCAUCCGCGCCGUGGACGGAUCCAGGCUCAGUGCAGAGAUGAGGCGGAGAAACAAGCACGUCACAAACGGUCACUGACGCUUCGUUAGCACCGAGCGAUGAGCUCCGCACGCGGCUGUUAACCGCGUCCCAGGCGUCACGGUGUGUUUCCUGCGGCGGAGGCAACUGUCAGGUGGAGCGCAGCGGUGUUGUUAGCAUGGAGGAGCCGGGCAGCGGCUCCUGUGAGCGGUUACAUAACCACAGCAGAUCCGGAGAGAAGCUGCUGCACGUUUCACCCCGAUCACACAGACUCUGACAGCUGAAGCCUGCUGCGAACACACACACACACACACACACACACACACACACACACACACACACACACACACACAGUCAACACAACAACAACAGCAGCAUGGUGAAGGUCUGAGGCUGCAGACACAGAAGAACAACAUCCUGCUCAAGAUGGAGUCAAACCCGCUGAUAAACGCCAUGGACCCGUCCAUCACGCUGUGGCAGUUCCUGCUCCACCUGCUGGAGGACCAGCGGCAGCGUCACCUGAUCUCCUGGACGGGUGAGGACGGAGAGUUCAAGCUGCUGGACGCUGAAGAGGUCGCACGACUGUGGGGGCUCCGCAAGAACAAGCACAACAUGAACUACGACAAACUGAGCCGAGCGCUGAGAUACUACUACGAUAAGAACAUCAUAAAGAAAGUCAGCGGUCAGAAGUUUGUCUACAAGUUUGUCAGUCAGCCCGACCCCUCCCUGCCUGAGGGGGUACGUAAUGGAGAGGACAGCCAGAGGAGGGAAAAUGCUGACCCAACCAGCCAAUCAAAAUGUCUCGGGGGCGUGGCCUCAACCUGUCCGUCAAAGGGCUUGCCCCAGCGCUCGUCACCCAGCACCCCCCAGAAAAACUCCAGAAACGACUACAUGAAGUCCGGCCUCUACUCCACCUUCACCAUCCAAUCACUGCAGGCCUCGCCAAACCCACGGCCAAUCAAAACAGAGCUGCUGCUGCAACAAGACGCAGCGCCCAAGGUGGAGCGCACGCCCAGAGAGGUCUGCGUGUUGUCAGAGGCUAAACCUCUGUCAGUAGGGGGCGUUGUCGACUCGUCUCUUCAGGUGAUAGUCACUCAGCCGUCUCCUUGUCCGACUCCGGCGCUCAGUCCUCAGAUACCAGCCAGCGCCGCCAGUCAAUCACAGAAUCCCCCUGCUCCUCCUCUGAGCGACCCGCCGCAGAUUUAUCUCACCAGUGUCGGGGAUUCGUCCUCCCUCACCCCUCUCAUCCCCCUCCAGGGCCUUCAGGGGCCGCAGCAGGACGACUGCGGGGGCGUCGCCAACCACAGUGCCAGCUUCCCACCUCACUCCCACUCUGCUCCUCACGCCCCGCCCGUCUUCGUCAUAAUCAACACGCCUCCCCCCCAUCAACAGCAGCAGGUGGCCAUGAGUCCUGCUCUUCCUUCCCUCGCAUCCACUCGUCCUCCUCCUCCCCCCAUCAUCAUCAAGGAGGAGAACCUGCCGUCAGAGGAGGAGCUGCUGGAGAUGGUCUCUCUGGAGGAGAAACAGAGGGAGGAGGACCCGGAGCCCCCCCUCACCAUCGUGGAGAGUCCGCCCCCGACCUACAUGGAGCUCAGAGUGGGAGGUCAGGCGCCUGCAGGGCAGAGGGGAGUGGAGGGGGAGGUCAAGGUCACACUAACAGAUCCGUCCGUCCCUCCUGGGACGUCCACCUCAGCUGUGACCCCUCCGGUGACCUCCACCUUGGACACAGCUCCUCCCAAACCAAAG